AUGUCGUCGUCAACUCGCAUAGAAUGGAUGUGGAAAUCUAAUGAACAUCCUUGGAAUUCGUCACAAAAAGAAGAAUGGUGUUCCUAUUCUGAUGUUGAAACGGCCAUCGUUGAAGAAGCAUAUCAAAAGAAAUUGUCAGAAGCUCUAAUCGAUGAUUAUCACAUAAAUUUUAAAAAUUCUGUUCAAAUAUCAAAUUCAAAUGAACACAAUCAACGACCUGUCAAACGUGUUGAAAGAGGCAGAUCGACAUCUGAGCCAAGACUCAGAGAAGCAAGAUUCAUGCCCAGCCCUAUUUAUCCUUCGACACCUUUUGCCGAACAGAAAUUUUUUUUGGGUUUUAUUGGCGAAAUUUUCGAAAUGUUUGGCGUUAAUGGCAGCGAUACCCUAGCAGAACCAGCUAAUCGCCGACUAAUGAUAAAGAAGGCAGCCGAAGGUAUCAUCACUGAAGGUAAGCUUCUGGGCAAGCAGAAAGAAGCGGAAUGGAUGGCUCAACAGCUUCUGAAUGUCAUAGAUGGAACUGAUCAACAAGUCUGGGAAUGCUGUGCUCAUCUCUACACAAUGGAAUCAUUUUUAUAUCAGAAAAUGAAUGAAUAUAUGAGACUUUGUGGUGAUGAAAAGAAUAAAGCCCUUUGGAAAAGUAAAGUAAAAACAUUUGGGCCUUUCGGUUAUCUCCUUCAGAUGUUGACAUAUUCGGAAAACUAUAACAAAUUUUACGUUUAUCGAGGAGCUAAUUUAUCCGAUGAUUUAAUCGAAAAAUUUCGUCAGAACAUUGGUGCAUAUCUCAUGUUUCCGGCAUUUACAUCAACAAGCCGAAAUCGAACGAAAGCUGAACAAUUUGGUAAUGUUCUUUUCAUCAUUCAUACUAGUUCAAUGAGUGGAAACGAUGUAGUACCAUUCUCAGAUUAUCCUGAUGAAGAAGAAACGCUACUUAACGCCGAUUUUAACUUCUACAUACGAUCUUGUACAGUUGACAAGACAAAGAACAAAUGGAUUAUAAACAUUUCCUCUUGGAAAGACGAUUAA